AAGUAAAAAUAAAAAGGAAGAAAAGCAAAUAAGAAAUGGACCAGUCGUGUUUGCCAGUGCCCGGUGUCAGUGCGGCGUUGGGUGGUUUCAUCACAACAACAUCCAUUCCUCCCAAAACCUGCCAUUGCAUACACACAGCGAAUUUAGGUUUCUAUCACAAAAGCAGAAAUGGCAUCAGCGGCGGCGGUGGCUGAGCCUGCACUUAAUCUUCAGCCUCCUAAGAUUAAGAUGAAAGGUCGACGAUUGAAAGGUCACAAAGAUAGCGCUAAUUGCUGCAUUGCCUCAUCUGAAAACCCUCGUCUCAUCGUCACUUCCGGCGAGGAUGGUCGUGUUUGCUGGUUUGAUUUACGAUGCAAUGAUGAGCCACAACUCGCUAUGGAUGUUAGCGAGGAGCCGAUUCUUUCCUUGUGUUUCAAGUCAGGGAAUGAAGAAAAUAUCUAUGUGUCGUCAGGAAAGGAAAUCAAGUGUUUUGAUGUGCGACUGGCCGCUGCUAAAUGGGAGCCACUGGAAAAUUAUAAUUAUAACAAAGAGGAGAUAAACAAGGUUACAUGCAACUCAAAGUCGUCAUUUCUUGCUGCAGCAGAUGAUAGUGGCGAGGUGAAGAUAAUUGACAUAAAGCAGCACUGCCUUUACAAAACAUUACGAGCCGAAACUGGUCAUACAAGUAUAUGUAGCACCGUGGAAUUCCUUCCAUGGAGAUCUUGGGAAGUAAUUAGUGGAGGUCUCGAUUCAACACUCGUGCUCUGGGAAUUCUCCAAAGCACGCCCAUACAAAGUACUGAAUUUUGGUAAUACGAGUAAUAGCGGUGCUGGGCAGUGUUUCAAUCCUUCCUUGAUUCAUGCAAUAGCUGUCCCAGAAAUUGACAUGGUAGAUAAAUUAGGAAAGAUAUGUGCUGUUGCAGCGGGUGGAGUUAUCAAUGUGAUUGAUAUUGAAUCAGAAAUUGGUAAUGUAAGAUCAAAAAGCUCUUCGAAUACAGGAAAAGGAACACGACCAAGAUUAAAAGAUGGUAGUUCGAGUAGCAAUACAGAUGCAAAUCAUAAUGUAAAAAGGAGGUUGCAAUUUGAUUACACUAUAGGUGGCCAUACUUCAGCUGUUUCUAGCCUGACAUUUUCGUUGUUUGGGGAAAAAGGGAAAUUCUUAAUAUCUGGGGGAAACGAUAAGUUGGUGAAGGUAUGGAAUUGGUCCAAUUAUACCGAGGGCGGGUCAAGUGACAGCAGCAAUGAUAUCCUACAUUUGAACAUUGGUGUACCUCAGAAGGUCAAUUGGAUGUGUACCACCUCCGCUGAUACAGACAAUCUUGUUGUGUGCGACACAUCUAAAACCGUAAAGAAAAUGAUGCCAUCUGGUGCUCCCCUUUGUAACAUUUGUGGGGAACAACUAGAACUUGGUGAGAAUGGGGAAAUGAUUGUGGCUUGUCAUGAGUGUAAUUACCCAAUUUGUAAGGAAUGUUUUGAACAUGAAAUUAAUGAGGGACAUAAGGUCUGCCUUAAGUGUGGUACUCCCUAUGAAGGAAAAUCAAAGGAUGGUGAUGAUGAUAGUGAUGCCGAUGAUGGCAUUAAGGUUCAUGAAACUCCAUCCACAUCCACAGUGGCUUCCCAGAUCCAUAACUCUGAGGAUGUUGGAGGGCUUCAUGCUAGACAUGUCAGUACAGUGUCCACAGCUGAUAAUGAACAAGUAAAUGAAGAAUCUGGGAAUUCAACAUGGAAAAAAAGAAUGAAAAGUUGGAAAGGGAAGGGAAAGGAUAAAAAGAACAAGAAUAAAAAGGAUGCUGUGCCUAAGGCUAAGGCUGACAAUGAGGCUUCAGCUCCAUCAGAGCAGCAGAUGGAAGAAAUUCGGUCCACGGAGGCUGCUGCUUUGCCACUUUCAGUGGUCGUGCCAAUAGUAAAAUCCAAACUCGCACCAUACAGAACCGUGAUUAUCGUGCGGCUAAUAAUCUUAGGUCUUUUCUUCCAUUAUCGAGUUACGAAUCCUGUUGAAAGUGCUUUUCCUUUGUGGUUGACAUCUAUCAUAUGUGAGAUUUGGUUUGCAUUUUCCUGGGUGUUGGAUCAGUUCCCUAAAUGGUCUCCAGUUAAUAGAUACACUUAUAUUGAGAACCUGUCUGCAAGGUUUGAAAGAGAGGGUGAACCUUCUGGACUUGCUUCGGUUGAUUUCUUUGUCAGUACAGUCGAUCCAUUGAAAGAACCGCCAUUGAUUACAGCUAAUACAGUGCUUUCUAUCCUUGCGGUUGACUAUCCAGUGGAUAAAGUAUCUUGUUAUGUGUCGGAUGAUGGUGCAGCAAUGCUUACAUUUGAAUCUCUUGUGGAGACAGCUGAAUUUGCAAGGCAAUGGGUGCCAUUUUGCAAAAAGUUUUCAAUUGAACCAAGAGCACCUGAGUUUUACUUCUCACAAAAGAUUGAUUACCUGAAAGACAAAGUGCAACCGUCUUUUGUGAAGGAACGUCGAGCAAUGAAGAGAGAAUAUGAAGAGUAUAAAGUAAGAGUUAAUGCUAUGGUAGCUAAGGCUCAGAAAACACCAGAAGAAGGAUGGAGUAUGCAAGAUGGAACACCUUGGCCGGGAAAUAAUUCACGUGAUCACCCUGGAAUGAUUCAGGUAUUCCUGGGACACACUGGUGCCCGUGAUAUCGAAGGAAAUGAACUUCCUAGGCUGGUUUAUGUUUCUAGAGAGAAAAGACCAGGAUACCAACACCACAAGAAAGCAGGUGCUGAAAAUGCACUGGUUAGGGUGUCUGCAGUUCUCACAAAUGCUCCCUUCAUUCUCAAUCUUGAUUGUGAUCAUUAUGUUAACAACAGCAAGGCUGUUCGAGAAGCAAUGUGUUUUCUCAUGGAUCCAGAAGUUGGUAGAGAUGUGUGUUAUGUACAGUUCCCCCAAAGAUUUGAUGGUAUUGAUCGUAGUGAUCGGUAUGCCAACCGCAAUACAGUUUUCUUUGAUGUAAAUAUGAGAGGACUUGAUGGAAUUCAAGGACCAAUGUAUGUGGGGACUGGAUGUGUUUUCAAUCGACAAGCACUUUAUGGCUAUAGCCCACCUUCUAUGCUCAAUUUACCAAUAUCUUCAUGCUGUUGCUGCCCCUCAAAGUCGACCAAAGAUGUGUCGCGGAUUUCUAGAGAUGCAAAGAGGGCAGAACUUGAAGCUGCCAUUUAUAACCUAAGGGAGACUGACCAUUAUGAUGAGAACGAGAGGUCAACCCUGAUUUCACAAAUGAGCUUUGAAAAAACUUUUGGCUUGUCUACUGUUUUCAUCGAAUCUGCAUUAAUGGAGAAUGGAGGAGGGGUACCAGAAUCUGCAGAUCCUUCGAUGCUGAUCAAGGAAGCUAUUCAUGUAAUUAGCUGUGGAUAUGAAGAGAAGACUGAAUGGGGAAAAGAGAUUGGUUGGAUUUAUGGUUCAGUUACUGAGGAUAUCUUAACAGGGUUCAAGAUGCAGUGCCGAGGAUGGAGAUCAAUCUACUGCAUGCCCUUAAGACCUGCAUUCAAAGGGUCAGCACCUAUCAACUUGUCUGAUCGGUUGCACCAAGUCCUUCGAUGGGCGCUUGGAUCAGUUGAAAUUUUCUUAAGUAGACAUUGCCCCCUUUGGUAUGCAAUUGGAGGAGGCCGUCUCAAAUGGCUGCAGAGAUUGGCUUAUGUAAACACCAUUGUCUACCCUUUUACUUCCCUUCCACUAGUUGCUUAUUGUACUUUGCCAGCAAUUUGCCUUCUCACAGGAAAAUUUAUCAUACCAACGCUUUCCAAUCUUGCGAGUGUUCUCUUUCUUGGACUUUUCCUCUCAAUAAUAGUAACAAGUGUGCUCGAGCUGCGUUGGAGUGGUGUUUGUAUUGAAGAUUUGUGGCGUAAUGAGCAGUUUUGGGUGAUUGGAGGUAGUUCAGCUCAUCUGUUUGCUGUAUUCCAAGGAUUUCUUAAGAUGUUGGCCGGUGUUGAUACCAACUUCACUGUCACUGCCAAAGCUGCCGAGGAUACUGAGUUUGGCGAACUUUAUCUUAUCAAGUGGACUACUCUCUUGAUUCCACCAACAACCCUUAUCAUUAUUAACAUGGUUGGUGUUGUUGCUGGAUUUUCUGAUGCACUCAAUGGUGGAUAUGAGUCUUGGGGACCUCUCUUUGGGAAGGUUUUCUUCGCCUUCUGGGUGAUUUUUCAUCUCUAUCCAUUCCUCAAGGGUCUCAUGGGUCGCCAAAACCGCACUCCUACCAUUGUUAUUCUCUGGUCAGUGUUGUUAGCCUCUGUCUUCUCUAUUAUUUGGGUCAAGAUAGACCCAUUUGUGAAGAAAGUUGACAGUGACACCAUCGCCGAAACUUGCGUUGCUAUAGAUUGUUAAGUCACUUGAAGGAUGCUUACCAAGAGCUUUUGGAAAUAUAUGUAAGAAGAUGCAUACAUGAGAGUGUAAUGAUUUGAUCCAUUGCUUGUGUGAAGUCAUAUACUAACCUCAUAAGGAUUAGUUUUUUGCUGAAAUUUGUAGCCAUAUUGAACUAUGGUUGGAAAUAUUGUUAUAUAAGCUUUGGACUAUUAAUCAUGUAUUUAUACUCCUUGACCUAUUUAAAAAUUGAAGCAUUCCUUGAGUCUGUAAA